CACCACCACAACUACCACAUCUAAACGCUUACCCCAGCGCGCGCGCACUCUCAUUCAAAGCCCCGUCUUAAACAAAUCGCUUCUCGCCAUUGCACCUCUUCAAGGUGCAGACAACCUACCGCAACACCCCUAUCCCGUCCCCCUUUCUGUUGAUUCAGCAUCCCGAUUGCCGCGUGUCGUCUCCCAGACACAGCAACAACACCACCCUGCCUCCCCCCUACAUCCCACAACAUUUUCCUUCUCGAACACCACAAACCGCGGUCUGGAUACUGGAAUCACUCCCCAGUAGCCAUCACACACGCACCCCGUCCCUCCCACGCGACACAAGCCACUUGAUCGAUCGGCCGACCCCCUCUUAUCGCCUGCCACCCCAGUCAGCCCCUCGACGUUGCCUGCCAUCCGUCGCCGCUCUCACCAACCUCGCAUCCAUUCCCAACGCCAGCCAAGAUAACCAGGCCACUCGUCGCCGCGGCUCCAUCCGCAACCCUCCCUGCCAUGUCGCCUGCAGCUGGCCCGUCUCGGCUACCCGAGAGGCCCCAGGAGCGCCCAGCUUCUGCCCUCAGGCCAACCUCUCCAGAAAGGACAAAGCUACUAUCUGAGCCUCGCCGUGGUCUCCCUUCGCCGACAUUGCUGGAGGCAACCCUCCUCGGACGAACCCACCCUCGCCAUCCUCUCUCGCAGUCACCGAUCACGGCUGGUAACCCAUUACCUUCGCCACUGCCCCUGGUCACGCUCGUGUCCCCGCAGGUCGGCGCGCUUCGUAGCUCCCUGCACCGACGGCGUUCAUCAUUCCCACCCGCUGCUGGCUCUGGGAUAACUGGGGCGAAUUCUUAUCCCUGGGUCAUGGGGGGCACACCGGGGGCGCGACCUUCCAGCCUGGGGCAACAGCAAGAAUCAUGGGCUGGCUUUGGCGACGAGCUAGUCGGCGAAGCUCCGGCGAGGGCAACACCCUCCUCUGGGGCUUGGGAGAGCCUUCUCAACUUUGACGGCGACGACACCAAGGCAUCGUCAAAAGCAGAGGACCUUGCCGCCGCUGAACCACCCUCAUCACCAUCAUUGCAGAUGGCGAGGGUCCGAUCAAGUACGGGCAUGGCGAGAUCACCAUCGCAGCUCGCUCGCCUCGGCACACCGAAAACAAACGUCUCACAUCUUCCCUCGACACCAGACCGAUUCCUGCCCGGGAACGACGCAUUCAAAGCUCUGUUGACAAAAACAGUGGAUGUGGAGGGAGUUGGAAGUGUAGGCGUUGCACGCAUCCUGUUGGAAGUUUGGAAGCGCGGUGGUGGUGACAUUGUCACGGCCCAGUAUCUUUGGCCGAGUAUUCUCAUGUCCUUGUCUCUUUCACCAGAGCACGGUAUCUCGCCUCGGGUAGCUACGCCCUCUCCCCACGCUGCCCUGGCUCUCCAGGCGCUCUACAACAUUGCCAUCCGCCCAAGCGAGUCGUUCAUCUUUGCUGGCUUUUUGUCAUCGUACAUGGCGUCGGCACCUCAGCCAUCGGCGAACGGGGAUCCAGACAGUCAGGUCUACGGCGCUCUGACGCCUACCAAGAGCGUAGGAGACCCUGAUCUGUCUCAAUGGACAACCUUCACUCCCGGGGAGGAGUGGCCUUCUCUUGCGACUACCCUCCCAUCAGGCUCUGGCUUGACGCCCCGCCGACCUUUCUCGCCAGCUCUCGGACUACCGCCGAUCGAGUUUUCCGUUGCCUCCGAGUCCUCACCACGGCCAGGGCCCGUCGAUGGCACAGAAAGCGGCGAAGGGAUCAACGGCAUCGACGAGAUUAUUGCCCAGCUCGAGGAUGCCUCUGAGCAGAGAGAAGCAGAGGCAGAGCUUGACGAGUUGCGACCCCAAGGCGACUGGAACAACGCGACCGACCGUGACAAGCAAGAGGAACCGGGCGCAGCGGUUCAACUUCCAACACCAGAAACCGACGGCGUUCUGGACUUUACCUCCAAUCAGACAAGAGAGAUUAAUCCAUCCACCAAGCGCAAGAAUGGUGCAGACACGCCAGAGACGCCAACACAAACGAUCGACCACAUAGGGUCGCCAUUCGUAUCUGGGGCAUCUGUCCUGUCGGCCACAUCUGCCAGCUCGGCCAUUCCCGCUGUGCCCCAACCACCAGCUGGAGCUGAUGAGAAGCGACCCGUUGUGUUGAAAGGCACUCGGAAUCGUCCGACUCAACUGUCGUUGCCAACGGCAGACUUUGUGCCCCCGCCGCCCAUGUGCAUGUUCUUUACACCCACAUUCCGCGACCUUCAGCAGGGCAAAGUAGGCGUGUGGAAGGGUGAACUUGCGAUCCGCGGUCGCGGUGGUGGCAAGUUCAAUGUCCUCAUCGUCGGGGAGGAAGGCUCGGACGCUCUCUGGUGAGGUGGAGUAACAAACAGCCGUUGUAGUGCGAGGCUAAUGUUGCCCAGGCAAUCUCAUACAUGGACCGAGUCCCUCACGUACCCGCCAGACCAGGUGGUAUCCCAGGGAGCAUACACGGCGUCGAUGAUUCCAGUCUCGACCUUGGCCCGAGAGGGACUCUUACCCGUGACGAUGGGUAUGGUGUUGUGCAACGACGACAACCUCGACCCCUUUGUGAACAUGGUUCAGGGGCUCCACGCCGAGGGAGUGGCAUUCCAUCUCCCCUUGCCGGGCUCGCGUUUACCGAUUGUCUUCUUGCCUGCCAAGUUUGACCCAAGCGACCCUUUGCAGCGACUUGGCAUUGCGUUCAUGACCAAAGGAGGUAUCUCACCUCUGGCUCAGACUGGGGUCAAGGACGCAGAGGCUAGUGGAACGGCCAACGGCGAUCAUGCCCAAGAGGAGGAGGAGAGCAGCACUACUCCUGAGCGGAAACGACGACGCAAGAGCAGUUCGUCACUGCCAAAAGCACGACCUGCGCCACCACCCAACAAGCCAACGGCAAGGCGUCGAAGCGCACCAGUUCGCCCAAACAAGCUGGCACCGGCGAGCUCGUAGCCACCAUCCUACAUUGUAGUGCAGGAGAUGUCGUAGCGCGUAGCAAUACAGCAUGCAUGUAUGCUCAUGG